AUGGCCCCUCCUAGGUGGACGUCAGUUGAACAAGAGGCAUGGUUGCAGCCUUGGUAUGAAAAAUUCAAGGCAAAGCAGGGUGAAAAAAGCAAGAACUACAAGAAUUUCUUUGCCGACCUUUGUGAACAAUGGUUCGAGGAGUUCCCAGAACCAAGGCCGGGUCACAUCACAGAGAUAGGACCCCUGACGUCAAUGGAGAUGGGUGCGGCUUAUGACACACGUAAGACAAAAUUAUAUACGCGAUUCAAAAAUAGCCUAGGAGGUUCAAGAUCAGGCAGAAAGGCGAAGGCAAAUACAACGAGUGUGAUCGAUGCCGUGGUUCGAAGCAUUACUGAGUGCGAAAAGCCCACACGCAUGCUCCAGGAACAGGAGGCAUACUCAAAACUUUUCUACACAACUCGUGUUCAGCCAACUGUAAAAGGAUCCCUGGAGAAAGCUGCUCAAGAACAUAGGACACUUACCAACGGCGAACGCGUCGCUCUUGUGAAGAAGGAGACUGCGAUGUUAUAUGCCCAGGAGUCGCCUGAUAUCAAGGACCAAGUGAAGCAAUAUCUCGAAGACCAGAAGCAGCAGAGAAUCCAAGAUAAGCAAAUCGGACGGAGGCAAACGUGUGGUGAUUACUCACGAAACCUCGACAAACUUGCGGCAGUCGCCAACUCAUUCUUGAAAGGGCUGGCAGAAGCAACUGGGAUGUCAUUCUCCCUCCUUGCUGGGGGUCCGUCUCCAGAAGCACUUGGGGCAAUUGAUAUCUAUAGUUUUCAUGUCGGUCAAACAAAGCUAGGUAACAACUUUAGCACUGCAUACCCUGGGUUUGACACCGGUGUCAUGGAGCCCUUUCGAGACUUUUUACAUUGA